AUGAAAGAUCUAGGUAAGACAAAAUUUUGUCUUGGUCUACAAAUUGAGCAUUUGACAAAUGGAAUAUUUGUUCAUCAAUUAACAUACACUGAAAAGGUUUUAAAGCGUUUUUACAUGGAUAAAUCACAUCCGUUGAGUACCCCGAUGGUUGUGAGAUCGCUUGACAUAAAUAAAGAUCCAUUUCGACCUAAGGAAAAUGAUGAAGAGCUCAUUGGUGAUGAAACUCCAUAUCUCAGUGCAAUUGGGGCAUUGAUAUAUCUUCAAGGAACAAUUGAUCUGGGAUUAUUUUUUUCUUAUGAAUCCAAGUCAGAUAUGAUCGGUUAUGCAGAUGCAGGAUAUUUGUCUGACCCACAUAAAGCCCGAUCUCAAACAGGCUAUUUAUUUACAUAUGGAGGUACAGCUAUAUCAUGGUGUUCAAUGAAACAAACAAUAGCUGCCACUUCUUCAAAUCAUGCGGAGAUAAUAGCCAUUCAUGAAGCUAGUCGGGAGUGUGUUUGGUUGAGAUCAAUGACUUAA